AUGAGCUCUUCAUCUUCGGUUAAAGAAGCUUCACUUCAGGAACUACCUGAAAAAACUGCUAAACACGAAAUCGAACAUAAGGAAGAUGCUACUGAUGAACAUGGUUUACCAAUCUUGGCUCCAUUGGAUACUGAUGAGCCAGAAAUUUCUUUGAAACAUAUAGUUCGAACCCAUCCCAUUAGUAAAUGGACGAAAACAAGAUUCCACAUAUAUUUGAUAUGUUUUUGUUUGUUUCUAAGUUCAACAAUGAACGGGUUUGAUGGUAGUUUGAUGACCAGUAUCAAUACAUUGGAUGAAUAUCAAGAUUAUUAUGAUUUAUCGGGGAGUGCUGAUGGCACGGGGUUGGUGUUUUCCAUUUACUCGGCUGGGGCCAUUUGCUCGGUCGGGUUUCUUUGGUUGAGUGAUUCCAUUGGUAGAGUAAAGACAAUGAUUGUCGGGCUUAUUGGAAUAGUUAUAUUUACUAUACUCAUGUCAGUUAGUGCCAAUCAUAAUUUAUUUAUCGCUGGAAGAUUUUUUGUUUCAUUUUUUUCAACAAUUACCUUACUGGCAGCUCCGGUAUAUAUGGUUGAGAUGAUUCCACCUGAUUUGGGGUUUUUAAUUGGGGUUUUAAAUACUUGUUAUUAUUUGGGUUCAAUCAUUGCUACUUGGUGUAUGUACGGUACUUCAAUUCAUUAUAAAGGUACUCCAAAUUCUUUCAAAAUUGCUCUUUGGUUACAACUUUUAUGUCCAGGUAUUGUUCUUCUUUUCGUUUGGACAUUUCCAGAAAGUCCUCGUUGGUUAUACGCCAAAGGUAAUAAAGAAAAGGCAAGAGAAAUCAUUGUUAAGUAUCAUGCUAAUGGAGAUGCAAAUCAUCCAGUGGUUCAAGCAGAAUUUCAACAAAUUGAAAGAUCUUUUGCAGUUAACGGAUUUUUAAAACCAAAAGAUUAUUUGGAUUUCAGAGUUUUCAUUAAUACAAAAGCUAAUCGUAAGAAGUCUUUUAUUGUUUUAUGUUGGUCAUGGUUUAAUCAAUUUAGUGGGAAUCAAGUUAUUACUUAUUAUAUAACCACAUUAUUUUUACAAAUGGGGAUUGAAAAUGCAACCACUCGUUUAUUAUUAACUGGUAUUAAUAACAUCCUAUGUCUUAUAUUUGCAGUUUGUGGUGGGUUAUUAAGAGAUAAGAUUCCAAGAAGAGUGAUAUUAAUCUAUGCUCAUAUUGGAUUUAUAAUUUGUUUUGUUGGUUUGGCAGUAAGUUCCAAAUUCUUCCAACAAGACUCUGAUAACAAACAAGCAGCAGCAGCAGGAAUUGCAUUUAUUUAUAUUUUCAGUACGGUAUUCUUUGCCUUUGCAUUCACUUCAAUCCAACCAAUUUAUCCUUCUGAAGUUAUGUCGAAUGAUAUGAGAGUAAGAGGUAUGGUGCUCUACUUUUUAAUCUCAAACGUUGCAUCAUUUGUCAAUUUAUAUUCUGCACCAGUUGCAAUGGAGAAUAUCAAGUACUGGUACUAUGUAUUCUUUGUAUUUUGGGAUUUAUUUCAAUUGCUGAUUGUUUAUUUCUUCUUUGUGGAAACUAGUGCUUUAACCUUGGAAGAAAUUGAAAAAAUGUUCGAAACUACUAACCCAGUUAAGGAGAGUAUCAGGUUAUCUAAGAUUGCAAGGUCUAAGAAAUUUGAAGAUGCUUUACAGUAA